AUGUCGAAACAGAGAUAUGGUGCCCGGAAUUCUGGAUUGCCUUCAGUAUCUCGAUUUCAGAGUGGGCAUAUGCCAUCAGGGGUGGUGCCAGUUUCAAGAGCUGUAAAUGUAGGAAUAGUCCUAGACAGCCCAUCAGGAUCUGACAUGGAUAUGGGGUCUGAUUCUGAUGACGAGUUCGGUGGUGCGCGAUAUUCACCUGAAACAUCACCGCAAGACAAUAAAAUUCCCAAUGGUGGUGCUAAAUACAAAAAUUCAUGGCAUGGGCAUAUUGAUGACGCUGGCAGUCACAGGAAUCACUUGGAGAGUCUAGGAGGGAGAGGUGGUAAAUUUCCAGCGGCACGUUCGGGUUUUGUCUUUGAUGAACCAGACUCUGUCACGAGCUCAGAAGUGAAUUCUACGCCACCCUGGAAAACAUAUGUGCCAGAUGCUUACAACUCUCGUGUCCAUUUGCAGCCAAAUGAAGAGACUGCGAAUCAGGGUUUCUGUAGUGUGCCAACCCAGAGUAAGAAGUUCUAUGAUGAUGAUAUUGCCAGCGCUCCCCCACUGACUGCUGCUUCUCAGCAUAUUAAUCAAGUUGCUGAAAAACCUGUGACGUCAAGAGAUAAUCUUACCGCUCAUCCAACAACAUCACGUGGUUCUGCAAUUGGGGUUGAACCUAAUGUAUACAAGAGUACGCCUUUGGGUGCUACAGAAGUCAGUACUCCUGAACCUUCAAUAAGGGCUGCUGCUGUAUCUUCUCAUUCUUUGCCUUCUCGAUAUCCUACUUUUCAUGCGAGUCGGCUAGGUUAUUGGUACGGUGUUAUAUCCUAUGAUGCGUGCGUUCGGUUGUGUCUUCACUCAUGGGCCAAAGGUUGCCUGGAAGCUCCCGUGUUUUUGGAAAAUGAAUGUGCGCUGCUGAGGGAUGCUUUUGGGUUGAAACACGUAUUGUUACAAUCGGAGGAAGAACUCUUGAGAAAAGAGUCUUCAGAACUUGUCAGCGAAGGAGCUUCUGUAAAGACGAAGAAAACCUUUGGCAAGAUUAAAGUUCAAGUGCGGAGAGUGAAAAUGGGGCUGGACCCACCUACAGGCUGUACCUUUUCAUCUUUAAAGUCAACAUCUGUUGUAAAGCUGGAAUCAUUUCAGUUUCGGUUAUCCAAUGUAAAAUCAAUCCUCUCUUCUGAGAGGAAAGCAUUACGGAAAGCACAUGUAACCCCAAGAGUUCCUGUGGAUGGAUCUUUUUUACAGCAGAGUAUGACAUAUAUAAUUGUUGGGACUCGCCGGUAUAUGAAAGAAGUUCCCGAGCUUAUUAAAAUUGGUGUGAAUGCUUGGCGCAACAGUUCGUCAUCUUAUGAAGUAGUGCAAGAAUCAUAUUCCUGUUUAUUGAGAUUGAAAAGUUCACCUGAGGAGGAUGCAGUGAGAAUGCAGCCAGGAUCUGGUGAAACUCAUGUUUUCUUGCCAGAAGGUAGNGUAGUUCAGGUGGCUGAUAUUGCUGAAGAAUUGGGGGAGAGGCUUCGUUCAUGGCCUAUAUAUCAUGAGCCAGAGCAUGAACUAGUUGGGAAAAUGCAGCUGAAUCUAAACUAUUCAACAACUCCCAUUGAAAACAGUAACAAGUGUGCAUCUGUCGCGGAGACAAUUGCGUACGAUUGUGUUCUGGAGGCAGCAAUGAAAUUACAACAAUUUCAGCAGAGAAAGUUGUUGCUACAUGGUUCUUGGAGGUGGUUGGUAACUGAAUUUGCAUCUUACUAUGGAGUUUCAGAUGCAUACACGAAAUUGAGAUAUCUUUCAUAUGUUAUGGAUGUUGCCACACCCACUGCAGACUGUCUGGAGUUGGUUUAUGAUUUGCUUCUACCUGUUGUUAUGAAAGGAAAAACUAAACACACAUUGAGUCACCAAGAGGGUCGUAUUCUUGGGGAAGUUUCUGAUCAAAUUGAGCAGAUAUUUAGUUUGGUUUUUGAGAAUUACAAGUCACUGGAUGAGUCGUCAUCAUCUGGUAUUGUCGAUGUGUUCAUACCUGCUAUAGGACUGCCAGCUCCUGCUCUUACUCCUGCUUUGAAACUUUACAAGCUUCUGCAUGACAUACUUUCUUCUGAGGCACAAUUGAAAUUAUGCAGAUAUUUUCAGAAUGCUGCAAAGAAGAGGUCCAGGAUGCACUUGGCAGAAACAGAUGACUUGGUCUCCAGCAAUAACGAAAACAUAUUGUUGGAUCCAGUGGCUCUUUCUACUUCUUACAAGAAAAUGAAAUCACUUUGUUUAAACAUUCAAAAUGAGAUCUUGACUGACAUUGAAAUCCAUAAACAACAUAUUCUCCCCAGUUUCGUAGACCUCCCCAACCUAUCUUCAUCCAUAUAUAGUACAGAGCUCCAUAAUAGAUUGCGGGCAUUUCUUGUUUCAUGCCCUCCUGCUGGACCAUCGCCUCCUGUUGUAAAACUUGUUAUAGCAACUUCUGAUUUUCAAAGGGAUCUUGCUUUGUGGAAUAUCAGUCCGAUCAAAGGGGGAGUUGAUGCAAAGGAGUUGUUCCACUUAUAUAUAAGUGUCUGGAUCCAAGAGAAGCGCCUUGCAAUGCUUGAAUUGUGCAAACUUGAUAAGGCAAAGUGGUCAACCUUCCACACACCACACACCACAACUCCUUUCAUUGAUGACAUCUAUGAUCGGCUAAAGGAGACACUCAAAGAAUAUGAUGUCAUUAUCAGCCGGUGGCCAGAAUAUACUAUUACAUUGGAAAGUGCCAUAGCAGAUGUUGAGAAGGCAGUAGUUGAAAGCUUGGAGAAGCAGUUUGCUGAAGUUUUAUCUCCAUUAAAAGAAAACACAAUGCCCAUGAAAUUAGGUCUGAAAUAUGUCCAGAAAUUUACGAUGGGUAACUCGACUCCAUAUGUCGCCCCCAAUGAGUUGGGAAUCCUUUUGAACUCCAUGAAAAGGAUGCUUGAUGUUCUGCUGCCCCCUAUAGAAGAACAAUUGAAGUUGUGGGGAUCCUGCAUCCCUGAAAGUGGGAGUGUGGUCCCAGGAGAGUCCCUCAGUGAAGUAACAGUGAUGAUUAGAACCAAAUUCAGAGCUUAUCUGCAAGCAGUCAUGGAUAAACUUGUGGAAAAUACAAAACUACAGCGUGCUACAAACUUGAAGAAGAUAAUCCAAGAUGCAAAGGAAACUGUAGUAGAGUCCAAUUUACGGCAUAGGAUGCAGCCUUUGAAGGAUUUGCUGGCCGAUACUAUUAACCAACUACACACUAUACUUGAAACUCAAGUGUUUGUAAUAAUGUGCCGAGGUUUCUGGGAUCGUAUGGGUCAGGACGUGCUAAGGUUUCUGGAGGAUAGGAAGGAAAACAGAUCCUGGUAUAAGGCGUCACGAGUGGCGGUAACUGUCUUGGAUGAUGCAUUUGCGUCACAAAUGCAACAGUUGCUUGGCAAUGCACUACAGGAGAAGGACUUGGAACCACCACGAUCUAUCCUAGAAGUGAGAUCGAUGCUCUGUAAGGAUGCCGUGAACCACAAGGAAAAUGACUACUAUUAUUAA